CCACACGUUAAAUUAAAUGUUAGAUUAAAUGUUGAUGACAAUGAUGGUACAAGUUUAACUGAAAAUUACCAAUCACAAGAGGACUAUAAUACCCUUUUUAGUGAUUUUAAUGAAGAGAAACUUAGUGAUUUAAUAGAUGAUAAUAGUUUAAUUGAAGAAACGAGCCUCCCAGAAUUUGAAUCUGAAGAAAUAACUAUUGAACUUGAACUG